AUGGCCUCAGUCAGCAGUACUACUGCAAGUGAUGAAACCAUGGAGCCCGAAAACCUCAAGAAACGCGGCAGAGCUAUCACUGAUCUCAACAAUGUGAUCAUGUCCACAUUGCAAGUGAUUGAUUGCAUCUUUCAAUUGGAGAAGCAUUCCAUCACUUAUAAUGAUGUAAAGGAGUUGAGAGAAAUCUUGGCAAAUGCAAGGAAAGAUAUCUGGGUGAAUGUCUAUUGGUGUAUCAUUACAACCGUAGCUUGCGCCACUAACAUCACCCUCCUUACUAGUGAUGAGGGGAACUCACACGACCUUGUCCAGUAUUCUCAGAAGAUCACAAUCAUCCUCAAGAAGUUACGGCCCUACAAGAAGCUCAAAACCUCUUCCCUAAUUCCUACUGAGAUUAUCGAGGUUAUGAAGAUCCUAAUCUUUUCAACCAUUUUCGACGGUUCCAUUAAGCAACUGGUUCACAUCGACAUCCUAAGGACGAAGAAUGUGUUGUUGUUCAUUUCGAGCCUAGAGAUAUCUGAGGAUUAUAUUAAUCGUCUCAAAGAAAUAUAUGGUUUUACAAAGGAUAAUAAUGAGCAUAAGAUUGUUUGGAUUCCUAUAGUAGAGAAGUGGACUAAAGAUCUGCAACGCAAGUUUGAGGCCCUGCGGGCUAAGAUGCCAUGGGUACACAGUAGGCCAGGGUGGUGCCCACAUUGCAGGCAUCAAGUACAUCAAGGAGGAUUGGAACUUUAA